UCUUUCACGAAAACAAAUUCUGUCUUGAAUCCCACGAUUUCAUCUCUCUUUUAUAUCUCCCCUCUCUUUCUCUCCUGGCAAACCCUUUCUACUCUCUUCGAAACAUUUUUUUAGAGAUGAUUUCAUUAACACGGAAGAGAAACACCAAGUUCACCCAAAUCCCAUGGAUCUUCCACGUGUACGGAUCAAAAUUCAUCAUCUUUAUCAUGAUCUUGCUACCUUACACAUCGGCACAAUCACCUCCCCGACAAACACCACCACCUCCACAACUACUGGAUCAGAAUUUCAGACCAUCGAUGUUAGUGGUAAUAGUAGUACUAAUAGUUGCUUUUUUCUUCAUGGGGUUUUUCUCAAUUUACAUUCGUCAAUGUGUUGGUCAAAAUAGUCCAGGAGAUACGACAAGAGCAGUAAACGGUAACGGUAUUGGAAGAUCAAGAAGAGCAAAACGAGGGCUUGAUCCAAGCGUUAUCGAUACGUUUCCGACAUUUAUUUAUUCAGUUGUCAAAGGAUUAAAGAUUGGCAAAGGAGCUUUAGAGUGUGCUGUUUGUUUGAAUGAAUUCGAAGAUGAUGAAACUUGUAGAUUGCUUCCUAAAUGCGACCAUGUUUUUCAUCCUGAAUGUAUUGAUGCUUGGUUAGUUUCUCAUACUACUUGUCCUGUUUGUCGCUGUGAUUUAAAAGAAAUAACACCUACUGAUGAUGCAAACGAUGUGGAGCAACGACGUGUACAUACUACUCAUGAUGACUCGGAUUCCGACACCGAUUCAGAUACCGAAAGAAGAAGAGGGUCCGAUGAAUUGAUAAAUGAAUCGCAAGAACAAGUUUUGAUUAGAGUCACAGAUGGAUCAUCGUCGUCUUCUGUUACUACUGAUUCUGCUACAAGUGCUCCUGAUUUAAUUAAUCCUUCGCAAACUGCGAUGCAGAAUCGUCCAGCGAGGUCUAAAUCAUUUAAACCGAAAAAACCGAAGAAAAUUCUAGGGAAAUUUCCUAGAUCUCAUUCGACGGGGCAUUCGCUUAUUCAACCUGGAGAAAAUGUUGAGAGAUUCACUUUGAGGCUACCGGAUGAAGUCAUGAAGCAAAUCGUGAAUGGAAAGUUGAAUAGAACGACUAGUCUCAUGAGUUUUACGAAAAGGCAAUCUUCAAUUUCCGGUGGUAGUAGUCACCGUGGAGGUGGUGUAUUUCGUGGUGGCAGUGUAAAUGCUGGGAGUAAGUUUUAUCAGUUCGCUCAGUUAUCCAAAUCCGACCGCUGGAGUAGCUUUAAGUUGUCAAUGCCAUCCUUUUUCACGCGGGCACCUUCCAUUAGGCUCGGCUCGAAAGUCGAUCGACCCGUUGAUUUGUCUUCUUCAGGUCGGCCGCCCGUUUGAUUCAUGAUUGAUGGCGCUUUGGCUUUUUCUUAUAUCUUUGCAAAUGUCUUCUUUUUUCUUAAUUGAUUAUUCUCUAUUUUUUUAUUGGUUCGCUGAUUCAAGAUUUUUGUAUUAAAGGAAAAACAACAAAAGGAAGUCAACUCCAAGGAUAGAACUUACAUUCUAGUCUAAGAGCGUAUUGCCGUUCGUUAGUGUUGAAACUUCAAAUAUAAUCCUGUACAGUUUAUUAAAAAGGAAAUGUUUUAGCCGAUUCUUGUGAUGGCA